AUCUAUCUAUCGGCCUGCCUAUUUCUCGCUCUUUCUCGCUCUCUCUCGGUCAUCCUUUUCCCUUUUCCUCAUUUUCCUUCUCACUCAUCCAUACAUUGAAUAACUCUCCUCCCUUUUCCUUUCCAGAACGCAUCCGCCGCCAAGAUGCAGCUCAGCAGGCGAUCCACCAGCGGCAGCGGCAGCAGGAACAGCAAUAACAGCAGUGGCACAAACAGCACUCGGCCUGCAGCUGCCCUCACAGCAGCCGCUGCACAGAAGUCGGAGAAGCCAAAGGGUGAAACAGACAUGGCUGCGGCAACAGCGUCUCCAGAGCCUAAGGGCACGUUGACCCCCCCAGGCUCCUCCCCCCUGAGGGCGGAGUGUGACCCCACCCGUGACUCCUCCCACAACUCCACCCCCCUCUCGCCAGAGGCGCCCCCGACCCCAGACUCCGCCCACAUGGCCAAUGAGCCCACCAAUCACAGCGCAGCUCGCCUCCAGCCCACCAGUGAAAGAGAAGAGAGCAACAUCUUGACCAAUCAAGAGCCUCUCUCAGGAGCCAAGAAGCGGAAGGCAGCGAAGGUUCACAAAGUCGAG